ACAUUUAUCGGGCCCCAGCAAAGGCUAUUCAAGCCAAAGAACGUUGCUUCCCGCACUAUAAAAACUUCAUGCCAUCAGACAAGGUUUGCAUCCAGAAGCUAACUGGCCAGCAUGCAUUCCCUGGUGACAGUCACAGUGCUCCUUCUACAAUCUCUGUGUAUCAAUGGAGCAGAGGUCACUGAAAGUGGGUACCCUAUUUUGUGGGACAAAGCACCGGGAGUCAUCACCGAACUGCCCUCUGCUGAUGGCGCGGUUAUCAUCAAUCCCUGGGACUAUCUGCAGAGAAUGAGCAUGCACAGGUUACUUAUAAAUGCCACGGAGAUGUAUAUGAGCUCUAUGGGACUAGGUUCGAUUGAAAACCCCCUGUGGGGUUUCCCUCUACAGCUGGGAUGGAAGCUAAAGUCAGGCAGAUUGGUUGACCCUACAGGUGCUACCUCAUGUGGGCAAGAAACAGAUCCUAUGUGUGUUUCACCCCAGAGCUGGUGGGCAUGUGUCAAUUACUACCUGUCAGUGAUUCCAUUCCUGGCUGCUGCGGAGACUGGCAUUGUUGGACAAGGCCUCCAGUUCCGGAUUCUGGCACCCAAGGAAACGGCCGAGGACUACUGCACAUCCUACUCAAACUGUUCUUCACAGCAUGUAGAAAUGAUGGCCAAAUGGGUGAUUUUUUAUCAGGCCCUGAAAAACCUGAGCACAUCUGAUAUUCCAGACUUGCAAAAAAAGGAUGAAAUACUAGGGUUCAUGUGGAGUGCCCAUCUAAGUUCACUUCUUGCAUCAUCCAAAUGCAAUGCGCGGCUUGAAUACUACUCUGCCCCAGAGGGGAGCUUUUCCCGCUAUUGGACUGACUCUGUGAACUAUGUGGCAGCCCUGCACUUCCAUUCCAGCAUAGAGAAGUCCAAGCCUUUCAUGUCCCCACUCCCAAGCAGGGUCCUUCGGGAGGGAGACAGCCCACCCAACAUCCCGGACCUCAGUGCGGAGGAAAACCACACCCUCCGUAUCUUCAAGUGGAUGGACAGUAUGAACAAAGUGUUGGGGGGGCGCUUGGUGCAGAUGUGGCGUAAAGCCAUGUGUUCAGAGAAGACUCGUGAGAAGGGGCAGGCUCUCUUGCAGGGCCUGGUGCUGGACCCAAAAUUCGCUGUGACAGGACUUCUGUCCGUCCUGCUAGAAAUGACCACCAGCUGCUUUGCCAACGUCAGUUAGCACACCCCAGCACAGUUCAUUGUGAACUAUGAACGCGUAUGAAGAAUCGGAGGCCAUCGUUCACCUGAAUAAAAGUCAUUUUCUACUUUC